UAAUAAUACUGAAUAGAAGGAGUGUUCAUAUUAAGAGAAACUUUAAAAACGACGAGAAUUUAAAAAGUAACCUUAAGAACUACGGAUGAUGGCUUUUGAAAAUAGUUCAAGCAUAUGGUUUCCAUUAUAAUAAUUGUAUUUUCUAUUGAUAACGGAUACUAUACUACAAUUAUAAAUGGAGUCGAUUCUUAUGGAAAUAUUUGCAACCGGACCCAUAACAAACACUUUGAAAACUUUACCUUAUCUGGAUGGGACACAUCCCAGAAACCAUAUUUAUUUUAUUUUGAUAUAAAAAAUUUCGCUGGUGUUUUAAAAAUAUGUGUUGAAAAUUGUCCUUUUGGAGAACUGUACAAUAUCGAAGAUAUAUUAUUAUAUAAAGAACAAUAUUCUACUCAACUAUGCAGCUACGAUGUGAAUGUAUUAAAAGAAGCAAUGUUAGUAAUAAAUGAAAAUGAAAAUAUCAACGAUAUAAUGCGUAGAAUGGGUCCGUGUCCAGCUGUAACUACUAGGAGUAUUCAUUUCAAAAAUAGAUGUCUACCUGAUAAACAACGUCUUGAAGUUCUUCAAGAAUCUUAUGAUCUUCUCAAUGCGGGUGGCUUAGACCAAAUCUUCUUCAUAUCAGUUUAUCAAUCUUGGAAAUAUGUUGCAACUUUAUGUGGAUUUGCCUUUGGGAUUUCAUUGAUACUACUGGUUCUGAUGUUUUGGCUUUCAAAAAUCCUACCGUGGCUGAUUUGUUUCGUUACGAUUAUUGCAAAUACAACUCUUUUUAUUGAAUUUUGGUCAAAUUACAAUAAGUUUCCAUUUGUUAAAAAAACGGGAGAAGAAUAUGAAGACGAUACUCCACCUAAAAUUCUCUUUAAAAACGAAUUUGGUAUAAAUUUUUACGAAAUGUUCGAUCGAAUUUUGUGGGACCUUUUAGACGAAGUCCAGUUUAACAAUGAUAUCAUUUUAUAUUUAACAUUUUUCACAUUGAUUGUCAAUACAAUACUGAUAGCUUUAAUUUUUGAAUGGAUGAUUCAUUUGAAUCAACUUAAAUUGUUGUUUGACGAAGCAGCGGCUUGUGUGAAAAACUUACCGGGACUUAUUAUAGCUCAAAUCAUUGGUCUACUUUGCAUGAGUCUACUGAUUUUUCUUUCGGGCUAUACUUUGUUGUGUAUAGUGACAUCCAAAACUCCUGUAACUUCACCAUUGAUUGAUGAAUAUUAUACAAAUGAUAAAGGAGGUUCAUUCAUAGAUCGGUACACAGACCAAAGACUUUUUCAGCAAAUCGAGUACGUUGACAUGAAGGCAAUUCGACAGACGUUUUGGAUUUUCAUUAUCGGAAUGUUAUGGACAACUGAAUUUAUAUUUGCAUUCGAAGAAUUUUGCAUUGGUGCUGCUGUUGGGUUUUGGUAUUUUACACCUUCUAUCAACAAUCCGUCCUUACACGCUUUUAGAGUUUUGUUGAAAUAUCAUUUGGGGAGUAUUGUCAAAGCAUCAGCAAUUAUUGCAUUGGUUAAGAUUCCAAAAUUGUUAUGGACCUCCAUAUUUAAAAAGUUCAAUCAAAAACUCAACUUGUUUUGGAUUCAACGUUUGCAAUAUUUUGACGAUCAAAUUCAAAUUUGGAAUCAUAAAGCUUAUGUUCCAGCUGCAAUGGAAACCACUUGCUUUAGAUCAGCUGGUGAAGUUGCUUGGAAAAUUUUCUCCAAAAACUCUAAGAAAAUGCAGGAUAUCAAUAAUGUUUUUGGUUUUGUUUUGUUCUUGAGUAAAUACUUUGUAGCUAUUUUGACUUGUUUCGUUGGUAUCAAGCUUCUGAAGGACAGAAAAGAUUAUUUAUUCAAUGAGGAUAGACAUGAAUACUUCUUUUACAUGGCACCAGUUCUAUUUAGUACAUUGUGUGCUUUUUGCAUUGCUCAUAUUGUGUUUUCUAUAUUUGAAGCUAAUGCCGCAUCUCAAAUUUUGGCAAGAGUUUAUGGAAAAAACAAGGACUAUCAAAUACUAAUUGAUAAGUUUUUGACUAAGAGCAUUAGACAGGAAGUAGAAUUCACAGCAUAUGGGUUUUUUGUUGUUGAUACUUCUACUCUUUUUAAGAUAUUUUCUGCAGUUACAACUUAUCUUGUAAUUCUUAUUCAAUUUAAGCAACUUGAAGAGACGAAACUAGAUGACAGCAUGGUAGCAGAGACUGUUAAGCGUUAAAAACACAUUUUUCUACCCUACCCAGACAAAAACCUCCUUUGUGAAGUGUUGGCACACCCCUAAAUGCUAAUUUUUUUCCAACCUGUCCAAGGUUAGCUCAGGAUAGCGCAAAGUUUUUUUUUCACCCUUAGUUCUAAAAUUAUAUUGGAAUAAUUUUUAUUUUUCAACUCAUAUAUCACAAAAAAUAAAAAU